GAAAACGUACUUUAUAAAAAUAAAAAGAUGCGGGAGGGGUCAUUAUUUAAAUCACGAAGACGUUCAUUUAUGAAUUUACAUUCAAUUAUAAACGCAUUUGGAAAAAUUCUAACUAUGCGUUUAUCAGUAUGUGGAAUAUUUACUUUAACUGCGCGCAAUUCAAUGAGGAAGAGUCAUCCUCUGCAGAAACCUCGCUGUAACGCAAGACAACCGAAAUACGGGCUGCGCCCUCGCCCGCCCUCCGUAGGACCAACCCCGGUCUACGAUGAGUAUCGAAAGCAGUUUCGCACGGGAUCAGUUGGAGAGUAGGUGACAUGGCUUCAGGUCCCGAGCUGUCCACUUUUCUUAAAGCCCAGCGCAGAGGCUACGAGGGGUUUAGCGAAGGUAUGCUGCGAAACGGUCCGAAGCCGCAUUCCGGAUCCCCGCCGUCUCCGGGGUCGUUCUCCAGAAUCCCGUGACGUCUGAGCCGGCUGGGCAUUCCCGGGGCCGCGUUCUAGAACGGCGUGACGCCUCUUCCGGGGAUUCCUCUGCCGCCGGAGUCUUUCUGGGCCGUGCCUUUGCGUGAUCUCUGCUGGGACGUGGCCUCCACACUCUCACGUUAUAUGCGCCCGAAUCACACGAGUGGAGGCAGAAAGCAGUUGGAAGGGGCCUUUCUACUUCAUUCAAGGAGCCGAUCCACAGCUUGGCUUAAUGAAAGCUUGGAAGGUUGGAGACUGUGAUAAUGGAGGAGAUGAAUGGCAGGAGGAGGUCCAGCUAACAGAACAAGCAGUAAAGGCCAUCAACGCGCUGAAACCUAAACCCAAGUUCUUUGUGCUCUGUGGAGAUCUGAUUCAUGCAAUGCCAGGUACUCCUUGGAGUGAGAGGCAAAAGGAUGACCUCAAGAAUGUUCUGAAAUGUACCGACCCCAACAUUCCUUUGGUUUUUGUCAGCGGCAACCAUGACGUAGGCAAUUCCCCAACUCCAGACACUGUUUCAGAAUAUUGCAAGAACUGGGGUGAUGAUUACUUCAGCUUCUGGGUCGGCGGGGUACUGUUUCUCGUGCUGAACUCUCAGUUUCUUUGUGACGCCUCCAGUUGCCCUGAGUUAAAGCGAGCCCAUGAUGAGUGGCUAAAUGAACAGCUUGCUGCAGCUCAGACCAAGAAAAGCAAACAUGUGAUUGUGUUCCAGCACAUCCCUCUGUUCCUCCAGAGCCCUGAUGAAGAAAACGGAUAUUUCAACCUGGAAAAGUCAUUGCGGCUGGAUCUUUUGCAGAAAUUUCAGGAAGCAGGUGUGAAGGCUGUCUUCUCUGGCCACUAUCAUCGGAACGCCGGUGGCAAGUUUAAUGACCUGGAUAUGGUGGUGACUUCGGCCAUAGGCUGCCAGCUGGGACCGGACAAGCAUGGCGUGCGGGUGGUGGCGGUAACAGAGACCCACGUCCAUCACAAAUACGUCAGCCUGGAUGAACUCAGUGACGUUACAGUGAACGAGGUGAUCUCCCACCACAGUGAAGGGGAUGUUCCAAACCUCCACCUUCACUGAUUGAAUAGUGGUGAGAAAGGGCUGUUGAGGACCAUCAGUGGAUAAAUUUAACCACCGCUGAAGUUUGUUGAUUUACUUUAAGAUGUUAUAAAGUCAGAGCUUCCAUAGUGCAAAUCUACCAAAUAGUUUUACUAUAUUUUUUUAGACGAAUGACUGUUAUUUUAAGCAGAUAUGGGUAUAAUUUUCAGGCUCUUUGUGGCUCUAUUUUUGCUAGUGACUGUGUCAUCACUGUCAGCUGUCACCACUUGAAUUCAUGAUGUAUACUUGGCUCUCUAUACAGUCUGUCACACUCUGAAGUGUCACAAAUAAUAAAAGAAAUAUAAGCAAGAAAAGCCAGAAAUACAGCGUAAUUAGUAAAAGUGGUAGUAAGGAUUUGGUGUUUGUUGUUAGGUAAUCAAUUAAAAAAAUUACAGCAAUUUUCUUCUGACACAAGGCACGAUUUCACAUGUGAUACAAUUUAAUGAUCACUUCAGAGGCUUGCCAUUGGACAGUCUCAGGCAGGCACUUGGGUAUGUGACCAACCAGAGUGUUAAUUGGAUGUCGCUGUGGUAACAAGGCAGCUUGAGCCCAUUGUUACUUUCAUUUCAGACUGGCUAUAAAUGCAAAAAAAACCCCAAAGUUUUUAUACUCCCCCAUAAUUCAGAAAGCAGUUCCGCACAUGGGAAAUGUUUUGGGGUCAGUAUCAGCCCAAAGUCAAUGCUAUUGUGUGCGGUCUGUUUCCAGUGUAAUCAGACUGGUGGGUUUCUGGACACUGACUGCAAAAUUUGUUGCUGUGUCAAUGAGCUGUGAGCACAACAAUAGUGGUUAUUACUCUAGUGCGGCAUUGAGAAUGUGUCACGUGAUCCGAGAAGACGUCUUCAAGACAACAUGUCGAUAAAUACAACACAAAAAAAAGCAUUGUCUGGUCAUUAUCAGACUUCUUUUUGAGGGCGUUUUUGCUUUGCAAUUUCUAUACAGUAGCUGCUUGUUUCCUGAACGACAACAGUGUGGACACUUACUGCGAUCAUGGAGGAAUUAGAUCAGUGUCAGCAUGACAUUUCUGUAACUCUUCACAACAGUGAUUCUGUCUUUAGUUCAGCUGAAUUAUACAAAAUAGCAAAGCUUAAGUCAAUUUCACAAGAAAUAGAAAAAAACUGCUGGAGGAAUGCUGGUUGUACCUGUGGAGGUAAAAGGAUGAUGUUUCGGGCCAGGAGCCUGCACUGGACUCUGUAUUUGGACCCACUGUCCUUUAGUACCCAUAUUUACUGCUUGAGACACUGAGGUGCUCCAGCCAUUUGCAGAUGCUGGAAUCUGAAGCAAGAAACAGCCUCUCGUGUCUCCAUUUAAAUUUCCCAAUGCACGAUUAGCCCAUUUGGCCCAUCAGGUCUGCACCUGCAUUUCAUCAUGGCUGGUCCAUUUUCCCUCUCAGGCCCAAUCUCUUUCCUGUCCCAGUAUCCCUUCAUGCCCUGAUUAAUCAGGAAUCUUAUCAACCUCUGCCUUAAAUAUACCCAAUGACUUGGCCUCACAGCUGCCUGUGGCAAGGAAUUCCACAGAUUAACCACUUACCAUGUAAAUCUCCAGUGUAUACUCAGAACUUCCAUUACUUUAACUCCCAGCAUAGAUCAUAGAUGUGUAAGUAACGUUGCUUGAUCAUUUGAUCAGACAAGUGGAGUGGGUAUCAGUAUUGGAAGAAUCUAAGUAUUCUGAUACUCUAACAUGGAAACUCUAGCUUUAACAUUUCACUUUGCAAUGUAUGCCUGAUAACAUUUGAGAAAUAAUAUUUAAAAAAUCACAAGACUUUAUUGAAGUUAAUGUAGUGCAACAGCCCAAAACUAAUUUGUGUAUGCUUUCUUAAGCUUAGCAUUAGCUGUCAGUAGAAAUGGAUUCAAGUUUUAAGCCAGCAUAUUAUUUAUAAUACACGCUUGGAAUUCCAUUUACAUGAGAAAUAGAGCCUGAAAUAGGCCAUCUGGUCCUUUUAGGCAAGCUACACCUUUUACCAAGUACAUGUCUGAUUUUUUUUUAACCUUAUCACCAUCCUCAUAACUCUCAAUGUUAAAAAGUCUCAAUUUCUGUUUUGAAUGAGUUAAUUGUCUAGAUUUCUCAAAGUCUACUUUAAGAUUCACUGCGACACACACAAAACGCUGGAGGAAUGCUGCAGGUGAACCAAUAUCUAUGAAAGUGAACAAGGCAUCGACAUUUCGGGCCGAGGCCCUUCUUCAGGACUGCAAAGGAUGGGGGAAGAUGCCAGAAUAAAUAGGUUGGUGGAAGGAGGACUCUCCAGAAGGUGAUAGGUAAAGCUAGAUGGGUGGGAAAGGUGAGGGGCUGGAGAAGAAGGAAUCUGAUAGGAGAGGGAUGUGGACCAUGGGAGAAGGGGAAGGAGGAGAGACACCAAGGUCAGAGUGUGGAAUAGAAGAAGAGGAAAGAGAGGAGAGGAAAAGAUUAUCAGAAGGAGAAAUUGAUGUUCAGGCCAUCAAGUUGGAGGCUCCCUACAUGGAAUAUGAGGUUUACUCCUCCACUCUGACAGCGGCCUCUUCAUGGCAAGACUGGAGGCCAUGGAGCGACAUGUUGGAAUUGGAUUGGGAAUACGAAUCAAAAUGGUUGGCCACCGGAAGAUUCCACUUCUGGCAGAUGGAGCAGGAGUGUGUGACAAAGCAUUCGUUCAGUUUGUUUUGGGUCUCACCAAUUUGGGGGCGGCUGCCUUGGAAGCACUGGAUACUUUAGACAACCCCAACAGGUUCGAAGGUGGAGUGUUGCCCCACCUGGGAGGACUGUUUGGGGUCCUAAAUGGAGGUAAGGGAGGAUGCAAAGUAGUCCUUUUGCUUGCAGGGAUACGUGCCAGAUGGGAAAUUAAUGGGGAUCGAUGAAUGGACAAGGGAAUCACAGAGGGUGUGAUCCCUGUGGGAAGUGGGAGGGGGUCAUGAGGAGAUAAAGCUGUGAUUGAUGGUAGGAUCCCGUUGAAGAUGGCAGAAGCUGCAGAGAAUAAUUUGUUGGAUGCAGAUGCUCAUGGGGUGGUAGGUGAGGACAAGAGGAACUCUAUCGCUGUUAAGACGGCGGGAAGAUGGGGUGAGCGCAGAUGUCUGGGAAAUGGAGGAGAUUCAGGUGAGGAAUCAAUGGUGGAGGAAGGGAGACCCCGUUCUUUAAGGAAAGCCUCAUCCUGGGACCAGAUAUGGCAGAGACAAAGGAACUGAGAAAAGGGAAUAGCAUUUUUCCAGGACACAAGGCAGGAAGAGCUAUAGUCAAGAUAACUGCGGGAAUGGUAGGUUGAUAAAAGAUGUCGAAAGACAGUUUGUCUCCAGAAUUGGAGGAAGAGAGAUCAAGAAAGGGGAGAAACAGACCAAGUGAAUUUAAGGGCAGGAUGUAAUAUGGAGGCAAAGUUGAUGAAAUUGAUGAACUCAGCAUGGGUGCAUGAAGCAGCACCAAUGCAGUUGUCAAUGUAGUGCAGAAAGAGUUGGGGAGUUUUAGCAGGGAAGGCUUGAAACAAUGACUGUUCUAUGUUGCCAACGAAAAGACAGGCAUAGCCGCAGCCCAUCUAAGAUUCACUGCCUUCAACUUGAAGAAAUUUCUCUUCGGGUCAAUCCUUUUAUUUUGAGACUCUAGUCCCUAGCCCUGGAGUCCUCAGCCAGGGGAAAGGUGUACACUCAGUAAGCCCCCUACAUAAUAACAUUGUGCUACCCUGUACUGAGCUAUCUUGUAAUAGAGGCCAACAAGACAAAUCAUUCAUAUAAAUCAUAAAUAACUGCAAAAUCACAUCCACAAAUCACUGUGGUACCAUACUUGUCACAUCCUGCCAGUCUGAGAAAGUCAGCCCACCAAGAUUAUGAUGCCAGUUUAACUUCUCUCAGCUGCCUGCAUGUGGUCUGUAUCCCUCUAUAUCUGCCAAUCUAUAUUCCCCUUAAACGUUGCUAUUCUAUUAUUUCCUCUGGCCAUCCUUUCCAGGCAUCUACAUCCCGUGUAAAUAAGAACUUGCUUCAUGUACCACCUUUAAAAUUUCCCCCUCUCACCUUCAAAUUAUGUCCUUAGUAUUUGGCCACCUUCGCUACCGAUCCACUGUUGUUACAAUAUGGAGAUGCAGAUGGAAGUAAUUCAGUAGAUGUGUAGCUCGGGUGGUUGAUGGUUGCACAAUCAACAGUGCGUUGAUGAUGUCUCCUCACAUGGUGGCAAAACAUUUGCAAGUAAAUUGCCAAGAUCGUGGAGCUGCAGAUUUCCACUCCAGCACGUUAAUGUUCCUAAGAGUUUUGCCACUUACUGUAUACCUACCUCUUGUAUUUGAUCUCCCCAAUUGUUCAGAUUAAAUUCCACCCACCAUUGCUCAGCCCAGAUUUAAAAUAAUCUAUAUCUCUGAAUCUCUUGACAACCUUCCUCACUAACCACAACUCCACCAAUUUUCUAUUUGUGUUUUGUAAUAUAACAAAAGUUUUCCCCUGAACCCAAGGGAGCUCAGGAACCGGGCCCCUGCUGGGAAGUGCAGAAACCAGGGUGUCACUGUGUUGGAGGGUGCAAGGGAAUCAGCACGCAAGUGAGCCAGAGGCUGCAUCAUUGGGAAUCCUAAACAAUCACAUAAUGGACAUUGAAUUUUACUGCAGUAUCCUAAUUUGCUCCUCUUUGCUUUGUUAAAUAGUGGGGUCACUAUUCUGCUGUCAGCCAUUAUAGUCCACUUUCAGGUAGGAUCUAUUUUGGAAUUGAGAAGGAAGCGGUGGUGAUGCUGUUUGGAAGGAGGGAACAGAAUUCCAAAUUUCAGA